CAGAAACAAACAUGGCGCCGCGAAACUGAGGAGAAGUCUGCAGUUAGCUGGUUUAGCUGGUUUUGGGGUCCAUUACGUCAGACAGAGCAGCAGGACAGAUGAGAGGAAGAAGAAGACGACCUUCACCCUCAUCAUCAUCAUCAUCAUCAUCAUCAGUUUGUCAGCAGCAGGGCAGGAUGGCUCUGAGGAAGCAGAUUAUGAAGGAUGUUGGCGAGUCUGGAAGCCAGCAGAGCGACGACGACACUCAGGACGACGGCGCUCCUGACGAUCGAGACGACAAGGAUGAGCUCUCAACAUCACUUUUACCUCCGAUAUCAUUAAGAGAGAGACGCAAGAGAGAGAGAGAGAGCAAACCCAAACCUAAAGAGAUGACGGAGGAGGAGAUGAUGGACAUGGCGCUGCGUCUGAGCGAACAGGAAGCCAGCAUCACGGCGCUCAGGCUGCAGAAAGAGGAAGAGGCCGUGAUGAAGGCCAUCCAAGAGAGUAUGGUGAGUCAGACACAACCCUGCGCCCCUCUACGGAGUCAAAGUUUGCUCUCUGACGCUGAAGCAUCCCUCAAACUUUGCUCUCGUCGGAAACUCUCGUACUCAAACAGGAAGCAGCCGUCAGAGGAAGGCUGCUCUUCGGAGAUGGACCCAAACGGAGAGUCUAACGGACCUGAAGAUGAGAGUCAGAGAAGUAAAAAGCGGAGAAAAAGAGAAGGAAGUCCUCUGUUGAUCAUGCCAGAUUUAUCUCAGACUCAGAAAAUCUCUCAGGAUUCACAGAGCACCUCAGAGCCUCUGAACCUGCAGCUGGACUCACCACAGAGCUGUGACUCGACUCAGAUUGAGGACUGUAAGUCCCCCGUCUUCCCCUUGACCGGCUGCAGAGCCGAGGUCCAGGUCCCUGGUCUGAAGGAGAACCUGCUGGACUCGUGCAGGACCUCAGGGUUUGAGUUGUGCUCUCAGGACUCUUCACACAUCUCUCAAAAGUCUCUGCCAGCUCAAUCCAAGAGCCCCACUUUUUCCAAAAGCCCCCAAAACUGCAGAGACACCCUUCGGUCCAGGAGUCCUGUGUUCUCAGAGACAGAGCAAGGAGACGACUCUGACACCCAGCUGAGUGCAGACGAGUUAAAAAGCCCGGUGUUUGGAAGGACCACUCAGCAGGGCAAGUCUCCAAAGGCCUGCAGACCUCACAUCUUUAACUCAGGGUUCACAUCCUCCUCUCAGGAGAGUUUAUCCUCCUCUAUGAAGUCUGCAUCCUGUCCACCUCAGAGCCCUGUGUUCCCAAAAAGCCCUGCCUUUCAUGAGUCUGUCCCCCCACCUGAAAGGUGUAAGAGUCCGGUUUUCUCAAAGACUGAUGAACAGACUGAGCAGAGUUACGUUUGUAGUCGCAGCCCGGUUUUCAACAGGAUUGAAAAGCCCUCAAAGAGUCCUGUCAGUGUGCAGACACGCUCCGAGAGUCCUGCAGAAAUCAGAGACUGUUUCCAGAGUCUAAAAGAGGAUCAGACCAGUGAAAAUCCUGACAUCAGGUGUAACACGACGGUUGUAACAGAUGAGUUAGAGGAGGAGCUGAUCGAGCUUUCUAAAGGCUGUAAUCCUGCAGAGAUGGAGCUGAGCAGCGACAUGAAGCUGCUCUGGUCUGAUGACGAUGAGGACAACGUCACGCAGCCGGCCGCCUCCCCCAGCCCAGUCUUCCCACAGGAGAGAAGUGUUCAUCAGACCAGCAGUCAGACGGCCUCCCAGAAUCACAUCUCUGCAGCGUCUCCAGGAACCAACAGACCAAACUGCAGUCAGCAGAUCUCACCCUCGGAGCCAGACGCUCAGCCAAUCAGAAAUCAGGGAUCAGUCAGCAGGUUGUCAGCCCCGCCUGCUGAACCUGCCGCUGCAGCAACGGUGCAUUACUACUGGGGGGUUCCCUUCUGUCCACGAGGCCUGGACCCAGACUCCUACACAGAGGUGAUCCUGGCUCAGAUGGAGGUGUACAAGAAGAGUCUGAGGACGGCCCAGAGGAGUCUGCUGAGGAAGGCUGAGUGGGGGGAGGCCGUCCUGCCGCAGGAGGAGAAAUCUCCUCUACCUGAGUCACAGUCUCCUGAAUCCUCUGAACAGGACGCUCCUCGAAGCCGUGGCCUCAGACUGAGAGGAAAACGGCUAAAUGAAGACGAUGACUCUGCUGUUGAAGGAAAAGAGGAGGAAGAGAAGAUGGACGGAGAGGAAGAGCAGAAGAAAGACGAAGGAGGAGGAGGAGGAGGAGGAGGAGGAGAGCCGGUGGAUUUAGAUGACUGUGAAGUCUGUCCAGAGACCCAGCUGAGUAACAACGAUGACGACGAUCAGACACAAGUUCUGAUGAUGGACGCUGACGCUGGAGCAGAGCUGGAUCCUAAAAGCCCCGAGCCGGUGGAUGUCGACAUGAUUCUCCGAGACGAUUCUCCAGCCGGGGACGAGCGGGCGGAGGAGGUGGAGGAGGAGAUGGAGCUGGAGGCAGAUGCUCCCGUGGACUCAGAGAUGAAGGGAAUCUCCUCUGUUGGCGACAGUGUGGGAGGUCAUAACGUGAGAGAAGAUGAGGCAGAGGAGGACCAUGGGGACGCCGGCGUGGAGGAGAUGAACAGCUGUCGGCUUCAGAGGUCGGCGUCUCCUGAACUUGAACCAGACGUAAUCCCUCCAAGCUCCGAAACCAACGUGGACUGUCCCAUCUGUCUGGGCUCUUUCCCCGUGUCUCAGAUCGAGAUGCACGCAGCAUACUGUGAUGGAGAAGUUUCCGUGGUCCACGAGAGGAGGCCAAAGGCUGACUGUUACCAAGUGAAGACACGUAGGAAGAGGACAAGAAGAACAGAGAUGAGAGAAGAAGAAGAAGACACCAAUGAACCCUCCAACUCUGGCAAGAAUCAGGAGAAGUGUUACAUCUGUCAGAAAGCCGUUCCUCUGAGAGACUACAGCCGACACACGGAGCUCUGCAUCCAGCGGCAGGAAGCCAAGAGAGCAGGGAAAGGAAACCUGCUGUCAGCUCUGGAGCAAACGGACAGCAGAGAUUCAGAUGCUGGAGCGUCUGGAUCCAAACCUCAGACUGGAGAAGUCAUCGAGCUGCUGGAUGACGACGAUGAUGAUGAUGAUGAUGAUGGAGAGAACAACGCUGUCUCAGCUCUCAGGAUCAGUAACUCUCCUAUCAGAGCCUUCACUCCCAUCUCUGAGGCCACCGACUGCCUUAUUGACUUCAAAAAUCAGAGAAGAGUGAAAAAGCCGAGCCAAAGACGAAGAUGAGGACGACUGAAGACUGAACCCUGAAAACCAGAGCCUUAAAACGAUCCGACGGGGCAUUACCAAGAGAAAAGACUCACUUCAGUCAUUCAGACGUCACAUUCUGGGAUUUCCAGCAGCGAAUGGAACAAACGGAGCACUUGAACAAUAAAAAUCUGAGAUAUUUUCACGGUCACCUGUUCUUUGUGCCGUUUCUGUUUUGACUUUGUAAAUGUGGUAGGUGUUUCUGACUACCUCUGGUUUGUGUGUUUCCUUGUGUUACUGUAGCUUUGUCUAACUUUGAGAACACUCAUCAUGGAUCCACUGUCACACCAACAUUCUUCCCUUUAACCAGAAUAAAGAAUGCUAGUUUUUAUUUAAAA